AUGCUCACUGGCAUCAUCCUGCAGUUGGAUGUAUGUGAUCGUAUAUGGCUGUGCCGCAUGUUCAUAUCUGUUCCCGCUUACCAUGAACUUAAGCUCUUCAAUCCACAUUCAAUCUCAACUACUAGUACACUUUGUGUUUUAACUAUCCAAAACAAUGUCACCCCAACCCUUCAUCAGAAUUUGACCUUCCAGUUUAACGACCUCAGCAAGGGAGACACGAUCAUGCUCGCCUGGAGUCCCAACCUGGACGGCCUCUGGGAGGACUUCUUUCCAAUAGUUUGGAAGGUCAGCAAAUUCAGGAAGUCAGGUCCAUGCUGGACUACCGCAACCUACAUGACCCAAGCCCAGGUUGAGAGUGGGAAGGUCAUCAGCGCUGCGACCUCCAUCAAUAUCAAUAAUAGCAAGAAAACAAUCUUAACAGAAGCCAACAUUGUCUAUCAAUUUUCUGUCCAGAAAUGGCUAAAACUUGACCCUGGGGUCACAUUCCAGCCAGGACUGUGCUGGGGUACACUCUUAGUCAUUGACGUUGGUGCCAUCCUCGACUUGUACUAUCAAAGAAGAACCAAGCUAAAAAUACCCCACCUUUGUCUUAUGUACCUGAAGGCUGAAGCGCUGAAGCCCAGACUGGCCUCAGGCCUCCUCCUUAGUGACAAAAGUCUCCGGCCCAAGCUUUCCACCAAUCAGAGCUCUCAACCAAUGGAACUCAUUACACGUCACCGGUUUGAUCCACCUUCUUUUCCUGCUGCAUACACAAGCAUGUUGGUCUGGAAUUGGUUCGGAAAAAGUAUCAAGUCCUACCUUUUGUGCAUUUGGAACAUAGAAGUUAUAACACACAGUCUACAGGCUUCUUUUGAGGUUCAAUCAAGGGGUUUCAUUCCAAAGACCGAUGAGGCAUACCAAAACUCAGUUGCCAAUCAGGCUUGCAAACUUAGGGCAUUUCUAGAACUUCCAAUGCACCCAUCUGACUCUGCAAACCCAUCCAAAGGAUUUGUGGCUAUGUAG